AGAAGAGAUAGACCGAAAAAAGAAAAAUGAGACAAGGAUCUCAUGUUAUCGUCUUGCCUUUCCCAGGACAAGGCCACCUAACUCCAAUGUCCCAGUUCUGCAAACGCUUAGCUUCAAAGGGUCUUAAGCCCACUUUUGUCCUCGUCUCCGACAAACCCUCUCCGCCAUACAAAACAGAGAUUGACUCAAUCACUGUCUUCCCCAUCCCAAAUGGCUUCAAAGAUGGCGAGGACCCAUUACAAGACCUCGAUGAUUACAUGGAAAGAGUAGAACGCAGCAUCAAAAACUGCUUACCGGAGUUGAUACAAGACAUGAAGCUGUCGGGAAAUCCUCCUAGGGUUCUCGUGUACGACUCCACCAUGCCGUGGCUUCUUGAUGUAGCUCAUGGUCAUGGUUUGAGCGGUGCCGUAUUCUUCACGCAACCUUGGCUUGUCUCAGCUAUUUACUACCAUGUUCUCAAGGGCUCCUACUCUGUACCGUAUACAAAGUACGCUCACUCGACGUUAGCAUCUUUCCCUUCGUUUCCUAUGCUGAAUGCGAAAGAUUUGCCGUCUUUCCUCUGCGAAUCGGCCUCUUACCCGAAUAUGCUAAGGAUUGUGAUCGAUCAGCUCUCAAACAUUGAUCGAGUCGACGUAGUGUUGUGUAAUACUUUCGACAAAUUGGAGGAAAAGUUGUUGACAUGGGUCCAAAGCUUGUGGCCGGUCAUGAACAUAGGACCAACAGUUCCAUCAAUGUACUUAGACAAGCGACUACCCGAAGACAAAAACUACGGAUUCAGCCUCUUCAAUGCGAAAGUCGCUGAAUGCAUCGAGUGGUUAAACUCAAAGCAGCCUAAUUCAGUUGUCUAUGUAUCAUUCGGAAGUCUGGUGAUUCUAAAAGAAGAUCAAAUGUUGGAACUCGCAGCAGGUCUAAAACAAACCGGAUGUUUCUUCUUGUGGGUUGUGAGAGAGACAGAGACUGACAAACUUCCAAAAAACUACACAGAUGAGAUCGGUGAGAAAGGAUUGAUUGUAAGCUGGAGUCCUCAGCUUGAAGUUCUUGCGCAUGAAUCAGUGGGUUGUUUCUUGACACAUUGUGGAUGGAACUCGACGUUAGAAGGGUUAAGUUUGGGAGUUCCAAUGAUUGGUAUGCCUCAUUGGACUGACCAGCCCACUAAUGCCAAGUUCAUGGAGGACGUGUGGAAGGUUGGAGUUAGGGUUAAGGCAGAAGAUGAUGGGUUUGUGAGAAGAGAGGAGAUUGUGAGAUGUGUGGGAGAAGUUAUGGAGGGAGAGAGUGGGAAAGAGAUUAGAAAAAAUUCUGAGAAAUGGAAAGUUUUGGCUCGAGAGGCUGUUUCUGAAGGAGGUAGCUCUGAUAAGAGCAUUGAUGAGUUUGUUUCAAUGAUUUUUCUCGCGGUUGUUGAUGGAACGAUGAAGCAGCCAUCAAUUGUGUCCCUGAUGAAGAGAGGUACCAUUUCUGCCUUUGGAAAUUUCAUUCAGCUCUUUUCACUUCGGUCUUUCCGAGAUACUCCCAACGCUCGUGGACUCAGUUUCUCGUCGGUAACUGAGAUUAGACCAUUCCCUGAUUACUCUCCGAAGAAACCUUCAGUUAGAGACACUGAAUUGGUACACCAUAUCACCAACGUCAUUAAGCUGCGUCGGGCUGAGCCUCUGAGGCGGAGUUUGAAGCCAUACGAAUGCAAGUUCAGGACUGAUCACUUGAUUUGGGUUCUCAUGAAGAUUAAGUCUGAUUACAGGUUGGUUCUUGAUUUCUUCGACUGGGCACGCUCUCGCCGAGACUCCAACCUUGAAUCUCUUUGUAUCGUCACUCAUUUGGCUGUGGCGUCCAAGGAUCUAGUACUGGCUCAUUCUCUCAUGAGCAGUUUUUGGGAGACACCAAAGUUGAAUGUUACUGUUUCAUUUCUACAGUUUUUUGAUCUUUUGGUGUACACCUACAAGGACUGGGGUUCGGAUCCUCAUGUAUUCGACGUCUUCUUCCAAGUACUCGUUGAAUUUGGAAUGCUUCUUGAAGCGAGAAAAGUCUUUGAGAAGAUGUUGAGUUACGGGUUGGUUUUAUCUGUUGAUUCCUGCAAUUUAUACCUUGACCGUCUUUCGAAAGACUGCAAUCAAUUUGCAGCGGCUGUUAUAGUGUUCAAAGAGUUUCCUGAAGUGGGUGUCUGUUGGAAUGUUGUUUCUUAUAACAUCGUUAUUCAUUGUAUUUGUCAACUUGGGAGGAUAAUCGAAGCCCACCAUCUACUCCUGCUUAUGGAGUUGAAGGGCUACACACCUGAUGUAAUCAGUUACAGUACAGUGAUAAAUGGAUACUGUAGAUUUGGGGAACUUGGAAAGGCUUGGAAGCUCAUUGAAGAAAUGAAACGGAAGGGUCUGAAGCCAAAUUCUUAUACUUUUGGUAGCAUAAUUCUUUUGCUCUGCAGGACUUGUAAGCUAGCCGAAGCAGAAGAAGCUUUUCGAGAGAUGCUAGGGCAGGGCAUACUUCCUGACACUGUAGUGUACACAACUCUUAUUGAUGGUUUCUGCAAGCAAGGGAAUAUUCGGGCUGCAUCAAAGUUUUUUUAUGAGAUGCACUCUCUGGAUAUUACACCAGAUGUUUUGACGCAUACUGCUAUUAUAUCGGGGUUUUGUCAGAUUGGUGACAUGGUGGAGGCUGGUAAACUUUUCCAUGAAAUGCUUUGCAGGGGUUUAGAACCGGAUAGCAUUACUUUUACUGAACUUAUUAAUGGAUAUUGCAAAGCAGGGCAGAUAAAAGAUGCUUUUAGUGUCCACAACCACAUGAUUCAGGCUGGGUGCUCCCCGAAUGUUGUCACGUACACCACAUUAAUUGAUGGGCUCUGUAAGGAAGGGGACUUAGAUUCAGCUAACGAACUUCUCCAUGAAAUGUGGAAAAUAGGUCUUCAACCAAAUAUAUUUACUUAUAAUUCCAUUGUCAAUGGCCUAUGUAAGUCGGGGAAUAUCGAGGAGGCAAUCAAACUUGUUGGAGAAUUUGAAGGUGCAGGAGUGAAUCCAGACACUGUCACUUAUACAAUCUUAAUGGACGCCUACUGUAAAGCAGGGAACAUGGCUAAGGCUCAAGAGAUUCUGAAGGAGAUGCUUGGGAGAGGGCUUCAACCUACUGUUGUCACAUUUAAUGUCCUAAUGAACGGCUUUUGUUUGCAUGGGAUGUUGGAAGAUGGUGAGAAGCUUCUAAAUUGGAUGUUGGCAAAAGGUAUAGCACCUAAUGCAACUACAUAUAAUUCUCUCGUGAAGCAGUAUUGCAUUAGAAGUAACCUGAAGGCAGCAACUGCCAUUUAUAAAGACAUGUGUUCUCGGGAAGUAGGACCUGAUGGUAAGACUUAUGAGAAUCUGAUUAGAGGCCAUUGCAAGGCUAGGAACAUGAAGGAGGCAUGGUUUUUGUACAGAGAAAUGAACGAGAAAGGAUUUAGUGUCUCCGCCUGCACGUAUAGCGCACUCAUUAAAGGAUUCUUCAAGAGGAAGAAAUUUGUGGAGGCGAGAGAUGUUUUUGAGCAAAUGAAAAGAGAAGGAUUAGCUGCAGAUAAAGAAAUUUUGGACUUUUUCAGUGUUACAAAAUACAAGGACAGGAGGGCAGAUACAAUUGUAGAUCCUGUUGAUGAAAUUAUAGAGAAUUACCUUGUAGAUGAGGAACUAAGGGAAGCCAAUUAGGACAUCUCCAAGAGAGAUUUCAUAUCUUCAAAUUUGAAAUUAUAUGCAUUCUAAAAAUUAGUCCUU